AAGCGGGGUGGGGAAGAGAUUGACACUGCGGAACCCAGAUCUCAAAGCGUUUUUUGCGCUGGGUGGUGAGUCUGCUUAACAAACUCCAAAAGUGAAGUCAAAACAUGUCGCAGCUCUCCACGAUCACCCUCUUCUUGUUACCAUGGAUUCCAGCCUUUCUCUGUAAGGUUACCACGGAGGAAGAGUUUGCCGUCCUGGAGGGGGGCUCCCUCACCAUCCCCUGCCACUACGAGCCCCAGUACGCCAGCUAUGUGAAAUACUGGUGCCAGGGGCGGACCAGGGAGUUCUGCACGUCGUUGGCUCGAACCGACGACCACCACCUGGUCGAUCCGGCCGAGAAGAAAGUGAGCAUUUUCGACGACCCAGUCCAGCUGGUGUUCACCGUGACCAUGACGGACAUGAAGGAGGGCGAGUCGGGGUGGUACAUAUGCGGCGUGGAGAUAGGUGGCGUGUGGGAAGCCGACGACGUCGCUUAUACAGACGUAAAAGUGGUUCACGGCAUGUCCGCUGUGAACAGCAGGAUGAGUGGAGCCGAGGGAAGCGCCGUCACAAUCGAAUGCCUCUACAGUGAGAGAUACAGAGGAAGCGAGAAGAAAUGGUGUCGGAGUGGCGACUGGAGAUCCUGCCUGUCGACAGGUUCUGACGGGAGCUACGAGGACUCCUCCGUGGCCAUCAGAGAUGACAGAACUGGGGCUUUCACCGUAACCUUUAAGAAGCUGCAGAUGAAAGACACGGCGUGGUACUGGUGUUCCGCAGGGCAGCAGCAGACAGCCGUGCACGUGCUGGUCACACCCCAACCCACCACCGUUCCACCAGUGUCGAGCCAGUCCUUCGCAGACCUGCCUCCAGCCAAACCCAUCACUAGGGAGACCUGGAGCAGCCACAGUCACAUGUUGGCAUCUGUGGUGGUCUGUUCAUCUGUCAUUUUCCUGGCUGUCGUGGCCAUAUUGGCCAUAAAGUUCUGGAGGCUGCACAAGAGAGACCGGGUUCCAAGAGACGUCGAGGAGAUGAGGGCGAAAUUCAGCGGCUGCUCAAGAGAAGCAGAUGACUUUCAAAACGCGGCAGUACUUUUCCUUCCCAACAAGGAUUCCCAAGAUGUGCUCGUGUACUGAUAUCUGAUGUUCUGCGACGUUUAUUGUUACUUUCACAAACCGAAUGUAUUGUUGUUCUUUUUUAUUUCCUUCCACUUGUCAGAGCAUGCACCCUCGAUGUCAUUGUUUUUCCUUUUGCAUUGUGCGCCACAGCACACGCUCGUCGUGCGCUGCUUCCUACAGUUCAGCUUUUACAAAUUUGCACCGCUUUCAUGCAUAUUUUCCAAAAAGAAAAACCCUAAUGAUGUUCACAUUUGGUUCAAAUCUGCCCUCUGUACUCAACAAAUGACUCAUCUAUGCAAUCAAUUCUGUCUGAAACUGGUUCAGGAAGUUCAGAGGGUAAUUUGAUAAUUUUAUUACCAUUUUCAGCUUAUUUAAGGGGAAUCUUGUGAUCAUAACUUCAUAAUCAGUGGGGGAAAAAAACCUUUGUUGGCUUUACAGCUGCAAGCUUUAUUA